CUCAGGUGAAUAUAUGUUUUAAAUGCAGGGGGAGGGGGUGGCUUUUGUUCUGCAGAAAAAGGGGGCUUGUUCCUCGCAGAUCGUCCUUCCAUUUUAACCAGGGGUGUGAGUGCGAACAAGGGGUUGACAUUGGAGCCUGCGAUGGGAGGAGAGGAGGGGAGACUGGAGAGUCGCCAGUCCUGCACUACCGAUCAAUGAGGCAACAUCACCCGUUCAGAACGCAAGGGACGCGCACGUUAUCCACCACCGAGAAGCCCGAUAUAUAAACUCUCAACAACCGGCUAAACUGGAAGAGAGCUACUGAGGAUUCUCUGAAGGAAUUACAAAGAGAUAAAUGUUACAGCGAAUGAACUGUCAUCUUCAUUGCCAUAGGACGACCUUGUUUGCUUUUGCAUUUGUAUUCUUAUUAUUAGAAAACUCACCAGCGCUUUUGACAAAACUUGAAUGCACCUUUUCUAAGUGCACUUAAACGUUGGUAAACUAGAGGGCCGCCUGAACGACAGACAGACACUUAUCAAUAAUCAUUCAUCAUUGUUAUCAAUGAUCAUUUUCAGUUUAGCAUUUCACUGUCAAGGUUGACGAUAAUUCGUGAGCGUCCGUCUUUUCAAAACAGGCUAUGGACAUUUAUUUGACGUGAAAUGUAGCCCAUUUUUUACAACGACAAAAAUAUAACCACGUCCUCCAGCCUUGGUCGUUUGGGAUUUUAAUGAAGUCUUUGAAGAGCGAGGAUUGCAACCGAAACCAGUGUUUCACAAAGCCUAUCUUUACCAAAUAACCUCGAUUUUGAAACACUGCAAGCCCUGUCAGCUGCAUUUAUCGAAGGAACAAUCAACACAAUCAACAUGCGACGCCUCCCAUCCCAGUUGAGCUAUCUGUUCCUACACUUCUUUGCAUUCUGCUACUAUGCUCAGGUAACCAAUCAGUCCUCGCCUAAUUUCACGCAGCAUGUAAGCGAACAGAGCAAGGUGACGGACCGUGUGAGCCGCAGGUUAAUUCGGACCUACCAGCUUUACAGCCGAACCAGCGGGAAGCACGUGCAGGUUCUGCCCAACAAGAAGAUCAACGCCAUGGCAGACGAUGGAGACGUAUACGCCAAACUCGUCGUAGAGACGGACACGUUUGGAAGUCGCGUGCGGAUCAAAGGAGCAGAGACAGGACUCUACAUCUGCAUGAACAAGAGGGGGAAGCUGGUCGGAAAGAGAAAUGGGCAAGGCCACGACUGCAUCUUCUCAGAGAUUGUCCUGGAGAAUAACUACACGGCGCUGAGGAACGCACGCUACGAGGGCUGGUACAUGGGUUUCACCAGACGUGGACGUCCCCGGAAAGGCUCGCGAACGCGGCAACACCAACGCGAGGUCCAUUUUAUGAAACGAUUGCCUCUGGGAUCCCAUCCCACCCAUCCGGCCCAGCACAAGCCCUUUGACUUCGUCCACUACCCCUUCAGCCCCAGGACUAAACGCACACGCUUCUCAGCCGGACGCUGAGGGGGGUCAGAGAGGGAGGAAAAGAGGCGGAGGAAAAAAACACUGACUGAAGCUGAAAUGAACUCCUCUGUCCAAAACCUCUAGAGACAUUUGUUUUUGUACUGAACAUUACUAUACCUAACAUGUAGUUUUUACAAUUUUUUUCAGAAAGUAAAGAAAACAGAAACAAAUAAGAAGUCUAUUUUUGUACUUGAGACUUUUAGUACUGACCUGUGUUAAGUUGUUUCUAGAUGCACAUAACUCAUCGGACAUUUGGGGUGCUGACCUCUCUCCGUAGCGAGUGGACUUUUUAUCAUCUCUGUAUUUUAGGUUGUGUUUUUACUUUUGUUUGACGGUUCAGAGUUGUUUGGACUCACACUUGCUGCUCCAAGAGACUUGAAGGGCCCUGAUCGACCGCACUGCCAGAAUACGCUGUGUUCAGCGACACAUACAGU